UUUCUUUCCCAAAUCAGAGGAAAACCGAGCAGAGGAGAGGAAAGGAGAAAUCUCCCUCUCUCUCCCUCUCUCUCCCCACCUUCCGUUCUCCUCUCUCUCUCUCUCUCUCUAAAGUCAAGCCUUUGCUCCCUUUGUAAGCUCUGAGCCUCUCUCAUCAAUGGCGCACCCCGAUCUCACCUCCCCACUCCUCCCGACUUCCGCCCCUCGGCCCCAGCAUUCUGCCAUCACCAUCGAUGAUACCCCACAAACCCCCAAGAAUACUAAAACCCACCCCCAAAAUCACAAUCAUCAUCAUGGCCCCCAUAACAACACCCAGACCGCCGCCGCCUCACACCCCAGCCCCUACGAGUUCCUGGGUGGCCGGCCCUUCUCCGCCCCGACGCCCAGCACCGUCGACCCGUUCAAGAACGACACGGAGAAGAUUGAUGGGGUCUACGAGCUCCUGAAGAUUGUUAUCUGCCUGCCCAUUGCGGCUGUCAGGCUCCUGAUUUUCGGGGUCGCUCUGGGCAUCGGGUAUCUGGCCACGAAGUUGGCACUUGAAGGGUGGAAGGAUAAGCAGAAUCCCAUGCCUGCCUGGCGGUGCCGGCUCAUGUGGGUCACCCGAGUGUGUGCCCGGUGCAUCCUUUUCUCAUUCGGCUAUCACUGGAUUAGACGAAAAGGGAAACCCGCACCGAGGGACAUCGCCCCAAUUGUUGUGUCAAACCAUGUAUCAUAUAUAGAGCCUAUCUUUUACUUCUAUGAACUUUUUCCCACCAUGGUUGCUUCUGAAUCCCAUGAUUCUCUACCCUUUGUUGGAACUAUAAUCAGAGCAAUGCAGGUAAUAUAUGUAAAUAGGUUCUCGCCAUCAUCAAGGAAGCAUGCAGUAAAUGAAAUAAAGAGAAAGGCCGCUUGCGAUAGAUUUCCCCGUGUGCUGCUAUUUCCUGAGGGAACAACAACUAACGGAAAGUUCCUCAUCUCAUUCCAACUCGGUGCAUUUAUCCCUGGUUUUGCUAUUCAACCAGUUGUUGUACGAUAUCCCCAUAUGCACUUUGAUCAGUCUUGGGGAAAUAUCUCCUUGGGAAGGCUAAUGUUCAGGAUGUUCACGCAGUUUCACAAUUUUAUGGAGGUGGAGUACCUUCCAGUUGUCUUCCCUCUUGAGAACCAGAAGGAGAUUCCAACCCGUUUUGCAAAGAGGACUAGACAAGUUCUUGCCAGGGCUUUAAAUGUUGCCCAAACAUCUCAUUCCUUUGGAGAUAUAAUGCUUCUCACAAAAGCAUCAGAAUUGCAGCAGGAGAAUCCAUCGAAUUACUUGGUUGAAAUGGCUCAGGUGGAAUCACUAUUUCACAUCAACAGUUUGGAAGCGGUUAAUUUUCUCGACAAGUUUCUCUCCAUGAAGCCGGAUUCCAGCGGCCAUGUUACCAUUGAUGGUUUUUUGAGCGCUCUAAAAUUGAGAUUUUCUAAUCUCACGGAUGAGGUAUUCCAUUUGAUUGAUGUUGACAAUAACGGUUAUAUCACAUUCAAGCAGUUCUUAUUUGCCUCGGCGCAUGUUAUGAAGCAACCGCUCUUCAGACAGGCCUGUGAACAAGCAUUUCGUGAAUAUGAUGUUGGAGGAAAUGACCACGUUUCUGAAGAGCAGUUUGGAGAGAGCAUCCGCCCCGCCGUUCCUGAGAUGACCAAAGAUGAGAUCCAUGAGCUGUUUGGUUUGUUCGAUGCCGAUGGUGAUGGAAGAUCCAGUAGGGAGGAGUUCCUCACCUGCUUGCGGAAGAACCCCCUGCUGAUAGUGCUCUUCUCACCCCAGUUGGGGCAGGCACAUACAUCAGGAAACGGAGAAACAACAUCCGACGACAUUAAUGGCUGAAGGGAUUCUCCACAGAUUCUAGAGACCAAAAUCACUUGCUUGGAAAACUAACCCGGUCCUUCCUGAUGCCGACAGCCCGACGGGUAAGAUUUAUUCCGGAGAACGAACCAUCGGAAUGAAGAAAUUCCAGAGAGGUUAAUGUAGAGGUAGUUGGCCUUCGAGUGAAAGUCCAAAUGUGCCUCUGGAGACUGACUAGCUAUAUGGGCCUCAUCAGGAGCCUACGCAGCUCAAUGACAAUUUCAUCUCAUUUUCUACUGCUCUCUUUUUUUUUUUUUUUUCUUUUUUUUAAAUGUGGUGUAGUACGUCUAUGUGAUUGCAUGAUUUUCAUUUACAUAAUUAUCCAUUAUUAGUGAGACUUAUCGUA